AUGGUUGUGAUCGUGAUCGUGAUCGGAAAACAAAAGAGCUCAGUGCUGAACAAUCAAUAUCACAUUAUAUCUAUCAAAGAUAUAGAAAUUGGAGAAACCAGUUGGCGCCGGAGCCUGUGCAAGGCGGUGGCUGAGGCAGCCUCGGCGGUGCACUCUGAGGAAAGGCCAGCAAGCAGGGAGACGCCGUCACGUCGUCAUGGCAAGGGCGACCCCAACAAGCCGAGGGCCAAGACGUCCUCGUAUGCCGUCUUCGUGCAGACGUGCGGGGAGGAGCACAAGAAGAAGCACCCCGACUGGACGGUCAACUUCGCCGAGUUCUCCAAAAAGUGCUCGGAGAGACAGAAGGCCACGUCAGCCAAGGAGAAGGCCAAGUUUGAAGACACGGCCAAGGGGGUCAAGGCCCGCUCUGACAGGGCGAUGAAGAAUUACGUGCCGUGCAAAGUGGACAAGAAGGGCAAGAAGAAAGACCCCAAGGCGCCGGAAAGGCCCCCGUCUGCGUUCCUCCUCUUUUGCUCCGAGUAUCGCCGAUUAAAGAGCGAGCACCCGGGCCUUGACACGGCCAAGAAGCUGGGGGACACGUGGUCGGAAGAGCCCGCCAAGGAGAAGCAGCCGCACCAACAGAAAGCCGCGAAGCUCAAGGACAAGUACGAGAAGGCUAUUGCCGCCUACCGCGCCACGGGCAAAAGUGCAGUGGGAAAGAAGGGUCCCGGCAGACCAACAGGCUCAAAGAAGAAGAAUGAGCCGGAAGAUGAGGAAGAGGAUGAGGAGGAAGAACAGGAAGAGGAAGGAGAAGAGGAAGAGGAAGAAUAA